AUGGCUUGUGUCUUCUUCCUCAUGGCCCAAAGUUUCGGAGGCGCCCAACUCGACGAUUCCUUCGGCGUUUUCAGACGCAUGGUCCAAAUUCAAGCCUCGCAGCAAACCUUCUGGGAUAUCAAGCAACCCGGCGGCGUUUCGGUGCAAAUGGAGCAUGUCCAAGCGGCUCUGCUGUCUCAGGUUGAUGCUCUGGUUCGUCUGGGCCUGGCUGAGGAUUCCGCCCGGCUGGAAGGGCAAAAAGCUUGUUUUCCCGCUAUGCGAGUCCUGUUUCAGUCCGUACUUGCGGUUGAUGGACAAGGAGUUGGACGCAUUGGCAUUGUCCAAUUCGGAAAGACGCAUUUCUUCUUUGUAGCCGCAGAUCUCGCCCUUGAUGCCGUUUCGUUUGAAGCGGAAACUGGUUCUGCUGACAGGUUCCGGGUGGCUCAAGAGAUUGUCAAAGACCCGUUCCUUGUUGAAGGAUGGGACACAUUGCACCAAAUCAAGAAGAUCCCAGGUGAUUCUGUUGGACGGCUCCAAAAUCUCGGCGGCCAAAGUCUGCGACACGUCUUGCGGCCGGCUUUGAUUGGCCGAGAAAACCCGUUCUUGCGGAUCCAAAUGCUCGGUCGACAUGGCGAUAAGAUGAUGUUUUCGAAACCUGUGCGCACAGAAAAGCCUAUAAGAAAGAUGGAAAAAAGGCUUACAAAAAGACUUACAAAAAUGGCUGAGCGUGUCGAUUUGUCUGCUAGAUACAUUUAUGUGCUAUGA